AUAAUUCCGCCUUCUCCCACCUGUCUCACACCCUCUAGCCAAAACCCUAGCAGCCGCCCGGUGCUCCCUCUCUGCAGAUCUCCCUUCGCAGCCGCCGAGGAACCCCUUCACAGCGCGGAAGAUGGCUGAACAGGAGGCCCCAGUCGCGGUUGAGGCACCAACCCCAGUUCUUGGGGAGCCUAUGGACUUGAUGACUGCUCUGCAGCUCGUGAUGAAGAAGUCAAGUGCUCAUGACGGUCUUGUGAAGGGUCUCCGUGAGGCUGCCAAGGCCAUCGAGAAGCACGCCGCUCAGCUUUGCGUGCUUGCUGAGGACUGUGACCAGCCAGAUUACGUCAAGUUGGUGAAGGCACUCUGCGCUGAGCACAAUGUUCACCUGGUCACUGUUCCUGCCGCUAAGACUCUUGGCGAGUGGGCCGGGCUUUGCAAGAUUGACUCUGAGGGCAAGGCAAGGAAGGUUGUAGGCUGCUCCUGCGUCGUCGUCAAGGACUACGGUGAAGAAUCUGAGGGCCUUAACAUAGUGCAGGAGUAUGUCAAGUCGCACUAGAUGUGUGACAUGUUUCAGUGAUACUCUUGAUUUGGACCUGGGCUUAAAAUUAUGCUUUUGCAUCUGGGGCUUGCCUAGGAGAUUAGAACAUUUUACUAGAAGAGCCGAAGAGGAUAUGUAUGAACAAUUUGGACAUCUGAAUUUUUUUUGUUUAUGGUGCUGUCGUCUGGUUUUAAUGCAAAUCAUGAAGAGCCGAGUUUAUUCUUGAUUUGUGUUUACCUUUUUA